GGGGAUGACGCGCGGAGGCGGGCGCCGCGCCGCUGGCCUGUGUGUGGCUGGCUCCCGCUCGGCUCCCGCGGCUGGCCCGGCUCGUGGGCGUCGCCUUUCCCCCCGCGAGGCCCUCGGGCCCCCCUCGGAGGACAACGCUGGCGGGGAAAAUGACCUCCCGGAGGUGGUUCCACCCCAACAUCACUGGUGUGGAAGCCGAGAACCUGCUCCUCACCCGAGGCGUGGAUGGCAGCUUCCUGGCCCGACCCAGCAAAAGCAACCCGGGCGACUUCACCCUCUCGGUCCGGCGCAAUGGGGCGGUCACCCACAUCAAGAUCCAAAACACGGGCGACUACUAUGACCUCUACGGUGGAGAGAAGUUUGCCACCUUGGCCGAGCUGGUCCAAUACUACAUGGAACACCACGGGCAGCUCAAGGAGAAGAAUGGCGAUGUGAUUGAGCUCAAGUACCCGCUCAACUGUGCCGACCCCACAUCGGAAAGGUGGUUCCAUGGUCAUCUGUCUGGGAAAGAAGCCGAGAAGCUGUUGACGGAAAAAGGAAAACACGGUAGCUUUCUGGUCCGCGAGAGCCAGAGCCACCCUGGAGACUUUGUCCUGUCGGUCCGGACGGGAGAUGACAAAGGGGAGAGCAACGACGGGAAGUCCAAAGUGACCCACGUCAUGAUCCGAUGCCAGGAUAUGAAGUAUGACGUUGGCGGCGGGGAGAAGUUUGACUCCUUGACCGACCUGGUUGAACAUUACAAGAAGAACCCCAUGGUGGAAACCCUGGGCACCGUCCUUCAGCUGAAGCAGCCCCUCAACACCACGCGCAUUAAUGCAGCGGAGAUCGAGAGCCGGGUCCGGGAGCUGAGCAAGCUGGCGGAGACCACCGACAAAGUGAAGCAGGGCUUUUGGGAAGAAUUUGAGACUCUCCAACAGCAAGAAUGCAAGCUCCUCUACAGCCGUAAAGAAGGCCAGCGCCAGGAGAAUAAGAACAAGAACCGUUACAAAAAUAUCCUGCCCUUUGACCACACCAGAGUUGUUCUUCACGAUGGCGAUCCCAACGAGCCCGUGUCCGAUUACAUCAACGCCAAUAUUAUCAUGGCGACCGGGCCUCUUGAUCUCCCUCUCCGCUUGCAGCCAGAGUUCGAGACCAAGUGCAACAACACCAAGCCCAAGAAGAGCUACAUCGCCACCCAGGGCUGCCUCCAGAACACGGUGAACGACUUCUGGCGGAUGGUGUUCCAGGAAAAUUCCCGGGUCAUCGUCAUGACGACAAAAGAGGUUGAGAGAGGAAAGAGCAAAUGUGUGAAGUACUGGCCGGACGAGCAUGCGCUCAAGGAAUACGGAGUGAUGCGCGUCCGGAACGUCAAGGAGAGCGCGGCCCACGACUACACGUUGCGGGAGCUCAAGCUCUCCAAGGUUGGACAGGGCAACACAGAGCGGACGGUGUGGCAGUACCAUUUCCGAACCUGGCCCGACCACGGCGUUCCCAGCGAUCCGGGCGGCGUUCUCGACUUCCUGGAAGAGGUUCAUCACAAGCAAGAGGGCAUUGCCGACGCCGGCCCCGUUGUGGUCCAUUGCAGUGCCGGCAUCGGACGCACGGGAACGUUCAUUGUGAUCGAUAUCCUCAUCGACAUCAUCCGAGAGAAAGGCGUGGAUUGCGACAUCGACGUCCCCAAGACCAUCCAAAUGGUCCGCUCCCAACGCUCAGGGAUGGUGCAGACGGAGGCCCAGUAUCGGUUCAUCUACAUGGCGGUGCAGCACUACAUCGAGACGUUACAGCGCCGGAUCGAGGAAGAGCAGAAGAGCAAGCGGAAAGGGCACGAGUACACCAACAUUAAGUACUCGCUCGCGGACCAGGCUGGCGGAGACCAGAGCCCCCUCCCGCCGUGUACGCCCACCCCGACCUGCCCGGAGAUGAGAGAAGAUAAUGCCAUGCGCGUCUACGAGAAUGUUGGCCUGAUGCAGCAGCAGAAGAGCUUCAGAUGAGACAAAAGGAAAGGGCUUCCUUGCGGGGAAAAUUUUGAGAUCCGGUUGUUGUUUUUUUUUCCAAUACGAAAGUGAAGCGGAGCGACUUGGGACGCAUCCCCACGGCGAGUGGACUUUCGACAGCGACGUAGAGCCUCCUUUUAUUUAUGGUGUUUCAAACCCUUCCGUAAUCCGCCGAACUCGAGACCAUCCUUUUUUUGCCGAAAGCUCUUUAUUAUUAUUAUUAUUUUUGGUCUCCGGAACGGCUGGCGUCCAUAAUUCCCAAUAAGCUUUGCUUUCCAUUCUCAGACACAAAGUGCAGACCAAUACUCUUGUUGUACUUGAACGUUUUGAUUUACCCCUGGGUUUCGAGGUUUCCUAACCUUGCUUCAAAUGAGUUCAUGUUUUUUUAAACCUUGCCCUUUAAAGCUCGUUCAGUACGAGAGCUUCGGGGGACAACCUGGUUGUCUCGAUCCAACCGUUGUCCUCCGUUUCUCCCUUGGCUCUGUUUUGCGUGAAUUGGUGAUGACCGCUCCUUAAAUGGAGUCGCUAAAUUUCAAUCCAGCUUCUCGUCCUCAUGGCGGUCCAUGUUUGGACUGUCCCCCCCCCCCCCCCCCCCCCCCCCCCCCCCCCCCGUUGAGGUGUUUUUGGUUGUCCUAGAACUUCCAGUGAUGCGGUUUUUGCACCCGAUUGAAAUUGAAUUUCCUAACAACCUUCCCAGCAAUUGUGGAUAGUGGAGUCAGUUGCGUGUGAGGAAUUCAAAUGAUGUUUUUUACAUUGAUUUAAGGGCUUAGGAGAGGAAGGAGCCACUCGGCAUCCAGGGCCUUCUUUGGGGACGAUUGGGAUGGGACUGGGAGGGUACGUCACUUCCUCUGCCUGUCUGCCGCCUAUAUACACUCUUGUCUUCUUUCGGGACCUGCUGGCAAGCGACCCGGGGGCCUUCUGGGUCGGCGGAAGGGACCUGCGCAUCCUUCUUGGUGCCGGAAGGGCGUUCUUUCCUUGCCUGGCCUGCGGUAGCUGAUACUCCUUUGCCCUCCCUUCCGCCAGACUUUUCUCUCUCAACGCUCUGCCUUUUUUUGAAGUGCCUUCUUCCCCGCCGAGCCAGCGUGGCUCGGUUGGGUCCUUCCUUCCUUGCGGCUUCCACUGCAGAGGUGUCCUGACGCUUUCCGUGGGAUGAUGGAAGCGUUCGAGGCAUCGCUGUCCCUGCAAAAACCUUCCCGUUUGCUUGAGGGCUCUGCGUGUGUCAUAGUCGUCGUACUCGUGUCCUUGGGACAACGCAAUGUUUCUGCAGCUGAUCGGGGCCUUUGUCCAGGAGUUGCGAAUUCCCAUCAACUCACAUCAACAAGAGAGUCUCUGCCGUUGUUGUUCAGUAUGGAAGCUGGCUGCUUCGAUCUCUCUCUUUCUCUAAAAUCACUCUUUACACAGUGCCAUUAGAAUUAGCCAGCGUUCCCUUGCUGCCUGGGAAGGCAAUCCCUAGAGAAGUUGUACCCUGAAGCCUAGAACAUAUAAAACAAGAGGGUUGUGAUUUCCCGUAUUCUGUGACAUUGAUUUGGCCGUGGUUUUGCUUUGUGAGCCGCAGGGAGUCGGAAGGCCUCGGUGAAGGCCUUGCGCUCCCUGGGACUCGCAUUUCCCCAUCGUAUCGUGCAUUGGGAAGCCCUGGCCCUGGUUUACCCACUUGCCUAUCUUGUCCUCGAAGUUGAAUUCUGCCCCUUGGCCUACGUUGUUCCGAAUUGCAGCGUGGAAGGAAGGGAGAUCUGUGGUCUUUGCUGCCCCUUCCUUUGGCUUCCCUUUUCGUUCGUGCGUCUUGUUUUCAACCAUGGAACUCCUGUCUUUGUGUCUUUUGCCUCGUUGCGCGGUGCCGUUGUUGGCCUUCCUUGCACCUCCCGCAUCAUAGAGGGCUUCCGGCACUUGCCGGCACUUCCAUUCGGGAUGGAGCAGCAAUGAGACUUCCGGGUAGGGACAAUGUUGGCCAGAGCAGAAGUGCCUCUGGUUUUUAGCAGUCAACGGUGACCAUGUCAAUAUUGGCCAUGUCAUUCUUUUGGUUGUUUGCCCCGCCAGAGGUGGAAGUGUUGGGCAUCUUGGAGUCCAAAUUCGUAGGGGGUUUGGUGGAAGUGUUCCAAUGGGUUGGGGACGUGCCAAACAGUGCUGCUUCCCGUGGCACAGACUGGGAAAUUGCUUCCAUCAAGGUCCACGUUGCCCCUCGAUCUUUCCAGUACAGGACUGGGGGGGAAGGUAGGUGUUUUGAAGGAAGAGUGUGGUGGUGUUGGGUAGCGGAACUUGGCAUGUUUGUGAGAUGGGGAGAGAGAGGAAGGACCAGGCCGGGUCUGGGUCUUGUCACAGUGCUUUAUAAUAUGCCUUAAAUUGGGGAGCGGGGAGAAGCUCAAGCGAGACUGGUCUUUUACAAAGCCAUCCCUUGCCACCUCUUUCCCCCUCUUCCAAAUUCCCAGUUUGGUGGCUUCCCAAUGGAGGAGACAGAAUGGGAAGGAUAGGAGUUUUUAGCGGAGGGACAAAGGAAGGAAAUGCAGCGAAGGAGGGAACGCUGCCUUCUGCGUUGGCCUGGGUGGGUUUGGUUCCGAUUCAUCGCCUGCGUCCUCUCUGAAAUGUCGAAAUGUGGGGCCACCGGGGAUGUGUGCCGAACUCGGAAGAGCACGUGAUAAAGGAAUGUCCUUUUUGAAACUUGAAACAGAAAUACCCUUCUCGACAAUUGUGCGGGGAAACGGGUGUGAGCGAAAUGCUUGGGCCUUGCUGCAAACCCAAAGCAGACAAGUUCGUGUUCCUUCCUACCUUAAAGCGAUCUCUCGACUUUUGCAUUCUUAUCCCAGGCUGAAUGUCAAUGGCACAAGGAGGCGUCUGUAGUCCGCAGGGAUGUGUGUGUCUUAAAGCCCGGCGUCCGUUCUCUAACCACACUUGCGGACAAAGGAAAGGGAGAGGAGUUGACUUGGCUCCAGGAGCAAGCUCGGUUUUCUUUUUCCGUUGGGGAAAACCUUCUGGAGCUGGGCUUGUGCCAUCCUCUUGGCACUGUAUUUUUCUCCAACGGGAAGGGGCAAAAACGGAGGACCUUUUGCUCACCUUCUCAACCGAGUCGCCACACCAUGCAACUCCGUGAGAAAACCCGAGUCCUUCCGCUUUUGGGCACAACAGGUUUUCGGAAUGACCCCGUGGCUGCUUUGUGCCCACAUCUUCCUCGUUGGGAUGCCCGCUCCAGGGAUUGAUUUGCUCCGAUCCGUGGCAGCUGGCACCUCAGUUAUUUCCCAGUUUCUCACGUCGAAGGAAUGAGGAGAAGCUUGGGCUGCCCAGUGCGUCAUGUCGAGGGCAUGGGUGGCAUCGCUUCCUGAAUGUCUGAUCUAUCCUUCAUUUUUAUUUGUUUUUGAAAAACCUUGACCAAAUCUUCUGUGAUUCCCCCUCUCCUCGGAAACUUGUGUUUUUCAACAAUAGCCAUGAACUUUCCUAGUGGACUGUUAAGGGGAACUUGAGGGCUAGGAACUUGACGCUAUCUUUGAACACGCCGUUCGGGUGGCGAGUUGACGCGUUGCCGUUUUGGCUGGCUUUAACACCGUCCAACGGAUGCAGUUGGACCCCGUUUUCAGAACCGUGGCUCGGUGCUCUCCGAUCCCGGGAGUUGUCAUUGUAUACAAUCUUUCGUCUUCUCUGCCUCACCAAACUACAGCUCCCAGGCAUCAGUGGCAUCCGGUUGAGCCAAACGGCCUUCCUUCGAUAGCGUCGACACAUUCACUGUGUUGGUUUUUCCUCUUCGUUUGGGGUUUUUCCUCCUCCGUUCUCGCCACAUCACUUUGGGCGUAUGUUUCUUAAUUUAUAAUUAAUUUUUUUCCCCUAUCUUUUGGAGAUAAGCUUCCCCGAACCUUUGUUCCUUCUUCCCAGCGACUUAUGAAGAAUCGUCGUAGCCGAGUCCUAUUAAAAGGUGGGGUUCCGAAGCGCAGCCGCCUCCUUUGCAAAGGAAGGCGCCCAAGAUGUCUUGGAUCAUUUUGUGUUUCGUUAUUUUCAAAAAAUGUGAAUAAUGUCUGUGUCCGGGGCCUCUCCGUUCUCUUCGGCUUCUGCGCUGCAAAAGCUUGCGCGGGCAAAGGCCCGUUGGCUCCCAAUGUAAGAGACGGCGCUUGCCCGGCGUCUCUUGGCUUCUGUCCAUAUAUUCUCUUAGCCCUGCUUUCCCCGACCCGGAGGGCUCCCCGUGGGUCAAACUACGUCUCCCAGAAACCCCGGGAGGCGUUGUCGGACCCGUCGAGAGAGCCCGAUCGGGAGGAGAUGGCGACGGUAGACCAUCCUUGCAAUUGUCAGCGUGUGACAUUAAAAGGUUUCAAACAAGCCAACAUAGAUCAUGUAUAGUUAGGAAAGAAAAAAACCACAAUACAAUAAAUCUUUUAGUGAUUGUCUGUUACCAGCCUGUAUUUAUGGAGGUGAAAUGGCUGCAUUGCUGACCAUGCUGUGAUUUCUUUCUUUUUUUUAAAAAAAAAAAAUGGCUCCAAGGCUUAUCCGAGUUAAAAAGCAUUAUUUGUAAAACGUCACGAUGACAAAAAAGGAAUUAAAAAAAAGAUCCAUUUUCUUA